AAUUUUGAAAAAUUUGUUGUUAAAAAAAAUAAUUUUUUUAUCACACAAUUAUCCGACAGUGUUAUGGAAGAUGAAGACGUUCUCCAACUGCUUACCGGCGAUGACGAGUUUGACGCUGACAUCGAUGAAGACGCAGAGGAAGCACUACUCAGAGAUGAUAUCAACAAUCAGGAAACAAAACAACAACAACUGAUUCAGUUGAACACACAAUCAACUGAUAAAAAACUUAUGGAUACUAACGAAUCAAUUGAUGAUGAAGACGAUGAUGACAGGGAUGAUGACGCGGGCAGAAGAGGAAAGUUUAAAUCUGAACGUAUUAUGUCGUUAGUGGCCAUAAAUAGUCGUCGUCGGGAAAUACCCGAAAGUUUGGAUUCGGUUAAAGUGAAUCAUCACCACUCGAAUCAGCAGCCAAGAGGUCAUCAACAAAACAAUAAUAAUAAUCGACGAUAUCAUCACCAGUCAAACAGACAAAAGUAUCACCAAUCGGUCAAUGAAUCUAAUGAUCGACAAAAUCGAUACACUGGUAAUCAGCGGAAUAUGGGUUUAUUGCCAUUACCACCGCCACAACUUUCAGCGAUAGCGGAACCAUUUGUAGGACAGUCACAACCGCCUCAUUCGCAACAACCAAACAAUCCCAAUAUAAACCCAUUGUCUGCCAAUACGAUUCAUAUAAAUCCACACUUUAUAGCCCGUAAUGCCAAUCCAUUUGAGCAACAGUUGCAACAAAUUCAACAUCAGCAACAACAACAACCUCAUCAUCAUCAUCCUCAGCAACAACAACAACAGCCAUCAAGAUUUGUUGAGCCACAAUUCAGGCCACCACUAGCUUCUCAUGUAGUUAAUCAAAAUUUUCAAUAUCCUAAUCAAAUGAUUAACAACAACAAUAAUAACACACCUAUGUUUGAUCAGCCAUUAAAUCAUCCGAGACAUCCAUUUAUGCCAAAUAACUUUAAUAAUAAUGACACCCAAAAUCGACCCCCAUUUAGACAACCACCACCACCACCUCAUCAUCAUAUGCCUCAACAGAUUGAUAAUCAAUGGACUAAUAAUGGCACUAACACUAACCAAAUGUAUGGUCCGCCGCCGCCGCCAUCGCAUAUUAACCAACAAAUACCUCCAUUUCCCCAACAAAUGCCAGUAAAUAGACCAAUGAAUAAUAUGAAUCCAAAUCCAAUACCACCGCAACAUAACUUUUUGCCCAAUAAUGGAUAUAAUAAUAAUAAUGAUAACAAUCAUAAUAAUAAUAAUAAUAUCCAAUCAAAUCAACCAAUGUUUGAUGGAUUCAAUAAUGUCUAUCAUCCACACCAACCAAUGCAAAUGUCUAAUAAUAAUUUUCAACAAUUUCCUACUAAUCAUCAAACAUCACCACAACAACACCAACAUCAUCAUCAACCACCGCUAAAUAGAUUUCCAGUCCAUAAUAAUUACCAACAGUUACCUACAGGUCAUCGUCAUCCUAAUCUACCGGUGCAAGCAUUUCAUUCACCAAAUAACCAGCCGAUGUUUAACCAAUCAAACAAUAUAAAUGUUAAUACCGUACAGCAAUUGUCGCCACCGAAAAGGAAAAAUCUAAAUCUAAAUAAUAAUAAUAACAAUAAAAGACCUAAUUUUGUGCCGAAAGGACAGCAAAUAAUAAACACAAAUAAGUCAAUGAAUAAUCCAUCAUUGGAUCAUCAAAAUAGGUCAGACAGUAUGAAAGCGGCUCAGCAAAGGACCAAACGAGCCAAACAGCUAUUGACUAAAAAACAACACAAUAUCGUUAAGGAAGUGCCGAUUGUCAACGAUAUAGAUCUGGCCAAAAGUCAAGUGAAUAAAAGUGUUCAAAAAGAAAUCGAAGCCUCGGUUGGUGUCGAUGAAGAGUAUAAGAAAAAACUAGAAGAACAGAAACGACGUCGAGAAGAGAUAGUGAAAAUGAAAGAACAAAAUCGGAAAGCAAUGGCUGCUCAACGUCUUAAGACAUCGUCAUCAUCGUCACAGUCACCACCGGUAGCUAAUGUUUCACCAAUAAAAAGUCUAUCUAAACCACAACAACAACAACCAUCAUCAUCAUCACAAAGACAACCACAAAAACAACAACAAAUAGCCACACUUGUCAACCGUUCGGCACAAUUACCACAAAUAAGACAAGUUGUUAAACCAGCAGCAGUUGUUGUCGCUAAGAAUAAUGAUAACAACAACAACAACAAUGGGAAACAACAGUUAGUUACUAACAGAGUGGUAAUCAAUACAAACCAGAAGCGAUCGUCGGUUCUGAUCAAAGGUUUGGCCACUGCGACCAACGAGUUUACAAUACGUAAACUUUGUAAAGCCGUGGGCGGCGGCGCCGUUGUCGAGUCAAUCAAUUUGAUGACCAAUGGUGGCCAAAAAAGUGCGACCGUAACGUUCAGCCGCAGACAGGAUGCCGUAGCUUUUACUACCAAAUAUGAACGCUCGUUGGUUGACCUAUCGGUCAUUCAAGUGUCACUAAUCUAAUCGCAUGAUAUUUUUAU